AUGUCAGACGUGGCGAGAGGGCAGAUGACAAGGCACAUCCUUCCCGCGAGAGGCGCCCACGGAGCUGACACUGGCAUCUCAAUUACAGUUGAUAUAGUGCGAGGAAAGCUGACACUAAGCGAUGUCAUCGAAAAGGGAUUCGAAAUCUUCAGAAAUAGAAUCGAAGACGUUGAAAAUGGAAGCCAAGUCGCCGAACAAACAGAAUCGAUGUCGCAGGAAGCCUUCGAAAUGUUUAUAGUGAAAGCAAUGCUGAUGAUCCACACAACCUUUCAUACUCUCACCCCUAACCUCACCAACGUCCCACAAUCCCCACCGACGUCCCACAACCCACAAUCCCCACUGACGUCCCACAACCCACAAUCCCCACCAACGUCCCACAACCCACAAUCCCCACCAACGUCCCACAACCCACAAUCACCACCAACGUCCCACAAUCCACAAUCCCCACCAACGUCCCACAACCCACAAUCCCCACCAACGUCCCACAAUCCACAAUCCCCACCAACGUCCCACAAUCCACAAUCCCCACCAACGUCCCACAACCCACAAUCCCCACCGACGUCCCACAACCCACAAUCACCACCAACGUCCCACAAUCCACAAUCCCCACCAACGUCCCACAAUCCACAAUCCCCACCAACGUCCCACAACCCACAAUCCCCACCGACGUCCCACAACCCACAAUCCCCACCGACGUCCCACAACCCACAAUCCCCACCAACGUCCCACAACCCACAAUCCCCACCAACGUCCCACAACCCACAAUCCCCACCGACGUCCCACAACCCACAAUCCCCACCGACGUCCCACAACCCACAAUCCCCACCAACGUCCCACAACCCACAAUCCCCACCAACGUCCCACAACCCACAAUCACCACCAACGUCCCACAACCCACAAUCACCACCAACGUCCCACAAUCCACAACCCCCACCAACGUCCCACAACCCACAAUCCCCACCAACGUCCCACAACCCACAAUUACCACCAACAAUCCCAACCAACGUCCCACAUUCCCCACUGACGUCCCACAACCCACAAUCCCCACCAACGUCCCACAAUCCCCACCAACGUCCCACAAUCCCCACCGACGUCCCACAACCCACAAUCCCCACCAACGUCCCACAAUCCCCACCAACGUCCCACAAUCCCCACCAACGUCCCACAACCCACAAUCCCAACCAACGUCCCACAACCCGCAAUCACUACCAACGUCCCACAACCCACAAUCACCACCAACGUCCCACAACCCACAAUCCCCAUCAACGUCCCACAACCCACAAUCCCCACCGACGUCCCACAACCCACAACCCCCACCAACGUCCCACGUCCCACACUCGCCACCAUCUCCCUACACUCUGUUACAUAAGCACAUUCACGAUUAUCAUAGCGGGAUCGUCCUUCGAAUACCGCCCGAGGGGAGAUGUUCACUUGGACAUGGUAUUAAUCUUGCGUGUCCCUUCGGCUUCCCCUGUUGUUGAGGUAGAGCUUAAGCUUCACCAGCCAACAAAUCCUGUAGGGUAUAUAACACAGGGGAGCUUGGGACUCGCCGGAGUCUUUCUAGCCCGCAAUGACGCCGCGACAACCCGAGGGCGAGGCUCACGAACUCCUGCUGGCUCGGGAGGCUUUGGGGUCGAUACCUGUUUGUUAGGCUCUUUUCCAGCUACCAUCACAAAGACCAGCACAAAGCUCGUUCGAAAAGAGUCAAACAUCAGCACCAUAUAUCAUCUAUCUUUGAGGUCAAAUGGGAUGUUACGUCCUAAUAGCCUUUAA